AUGGACAUUAACAUAGACGAUAUCCUUGCAGAACUAGAUAAGGAAACGACUGCUGUCGACUCUACCAACAUCACACAGGUCUCCUCUUCCACCACCCACAGAGAUGCAAAUACAAUAGUAAAUUCGUCACUGGAUUUGAAUGCCAAGACUCAAAUAUACGUCUCUCCGCAACAGGAUUUUGCCAGUUUGAUGAAGUCUUGGAGGAACGAACGGUGUUCGCCAGAAUUACUUCCAUAUCCUCACCAGCUGAUGAAAAGACUGUUAAAUCGAAUAUCGAUGCAAUCGCAAUUGAUUGAAAACAUAUCAAUGGGGUUCCUCGACAUGCAAAACGCAUCUAACGCGAGCUUGCCCUUGCCCAACGACUCCAAAUUGCCUUUGCUUUGCAUGGAAACUGAGCUAGAAAGAUUGAAAUUCGUUAUUAGAAGUUACAUACGAUGUAGGCUCAGCAAAAUUGACCAAUUCUCAGUCUAUUUGCGGCAACUAAACGAAGACGAAAAUUCUCUGACCUCUCUCACGGACUUACUAUCCAAAGACGAAAUCAAAUACCACGAUUCGCAUUCCCUAAUUUGGUUAAAACUCGUCAAUGACUCUAUACUGAAACACAUGCCCGAAGAACUGCAAGCUAUCAACGACACUGAAGGAAGCGUAAACAUGAUAGAUGAACCAGACUGGAACAAGUUUGUCUUCAUACACGUCAAAGGCCCGCCAGAAGGGAACUGGAACGAGGAUCCCCUUUUGCAAGAAAACGAAUUUGGUAAGCCGUGCUAUACCGUGACAAUCCCUGAUUUGAACGAGGAAGUCGAACUCACCAUCGACAGUAUUUAUGUUAUGAGAUAUGAAGUCAUUAGGGAUCUGUUAAGAGACGAUAAAGUCGCUCUUAUUUGA